AGUCCCAUUAGAGCGUCGUUAACCUCUGGUCCAGAAAUUCAGGCAGGCACAUCUGUUGGAGAGCCCCUCCUGGCAACAUUCGAUUCCCAGCUAUUGAUAGUGGGCUCGGCGAUAAUAGCUUCUUGUUUUUGUCCGGGCUUGUGACUCCGCCUUUCGUACGUCCGAUCGAUCCGUGCUGAUUAUAUAGGAGCGGACCAGGAGAGACGAUCUUCAGAAGCCGGGGUGUCAGUUCAGUUGGAAUUGUCAGUCGAGGUGGAGCGUGUGCGCGAUUACAUUUACUUGAAGCGAAUUCAAUCUUUUCACACAACAACCAAUCGGAAUAUAUAUAUAUAUAUAUAGCGCCAGCCAUCAGCUAUCAGCUAUAGGCUAGCAUCGAUCAUAGAAUCAUCGAUCAUAGAACGUCGUAAUUCAUCUAAAUCAAUUGAGAAUCCAGCUUUAUAGAGACUUCCCAUAUAUAUAGAGGUAGUUUUCCACGGCCUCCAUCUAUUCAAAGCCAAAACCCUAACCCUUUUCUGUCUGCCCUUCGAACCCUAGGUCAAUCAGAGCAAGCCCAAGAUGGCCCUGUCCAAGAUCGACUCGGAGAUCGAGCAGGUGGACCAGGAGAAAUACCUGCGCCAAGCCACCAGCUACUAUCAGGCGCUGGAGAAACCCCUCAAGUACGGACCCGCCGUGGACAGCCUUCCCGACUUGAUCGCCGCCCUUCAUCGCGAGUUCGAGUCCAACUACGUGAACAUCGAGAUGGUGAACCACCUGCUGCUCUCCUACAAGUCGAAUCCUCGGGAGUGGCGCAAGUACGCCAAGUUCGAUCGUUACAGUUACACUCGGAACCUGGUGGAUGCCGGUAAUGGCAAGUUCAACCUGCUGAUCCUGUGCUGGGGCGAAGGUCACGGCUCCUCGGUGCACGACCAUGCCGACUCCCAUUGCUUCAUGAAGAUGCUGAAGGGGGAUCUGCGCGAGAAGCGCUAUGAGUAUCCCAAUCGCUCCGGCAGGGAUACCGGGCGAGGCCACCAUCCCGACGGUGAGAUCGACAGCCGGGAGCUGGUGGAAAUCGGGGAGACACCCAUUGCCGUCAACGAUGUGGCCUACAUAAAUGACAACCUGGGUCUGCAUCGCGUGGAGAAUCCCAGCCACUCGGACACCUCCGUCUCGCUGCAUCUCUACUGUCCGCCCUUUGACCAGUGCUCGGUGUUCCAGGACAGCCAGAAAAAAACCACUGCCAAGGUGACGUUCUGGAGCAAGUACGGCGUGAGGACGAAGCUGAACGAGCAGUAGAUCACAGCCAGAUCCCAAAUACAAUUAUUGUUGCAUAUUGCUAAGAAUCUUUAUUACUAGAUAUUUAACGUGCUAGGGCCCAAGGAGAUCCGGGAUCGGAAUCGGAAACGGGCGAGCGAGGGCCACGUGGGCACUGGACUAGCUGAUAAGCCUUCCUCCGAUAAGCCCGUCCGUCCCGGAUCGCAGUUUCGUUUUAAGUGUAUCAUUAGCCUUAGUUUAUCUUUACCAAAAAUCUUCAAUAUAUAAGUGAAAUUAUUGACAA